CCAUGUUCCAUGCCAAAAUGGUAGGAUAACUAUAAUUAUCAUAAUUUUAAUAGAAAAGUUUACCAAUAACAAAGUUAACAGUGUAUUUAAGAUGUAUAAGUUAUAUAAAAGGUGCACACUAUGUAGUAAUAAAGUACGCAUAAUACGACUCGGAUUUUUAAGAGCAAGAAGCACGAAAUAUGACAAAGAAGCCGCCGAGUUGAAUGCUGGAUACGUGCCCCACGAAGUAGAAUCUCUAUCACUUGGACGUGGCUAUUUUGAACCACCUAUAAGGUCUAACAAACCAUUUACUUUGGUUUUACCACCUCCAAAUAUUACUGGAACUUUACAUUUGGGACACGCCCUUACGACAACCGUCGAGGACGUUUUAGUAAGAUGGCACAGAAUGCAGGGAAGGGAGACCUUGUGGGUGCCUGGCAUCGACCACGCCGGGAUCGCCACUCAAGUGGUGGUGGAGAAGCGAUUGUGGAAGGAAAACCGCCAAACCAGACACGACAUCGGCAGGCUUCGCUUUCAGGAAAAAGCGUGGCAGUGGAAGGAGGAGAAAGCCAAAGUUAUAGGUCAACAACUUCGUCGAUUGGGAGCUUCUUUAGAAUGGGAAAGGGAAAUAUUUACCAUGGAUCAGCGCUGUUCAAACGCUGUCCAAGAGGCAUUUAUAAGACUGUUCAACGCUAACCUUAUAUAUAGGGCUGAUCACUUAGUGAACUGGUCUUGCGUUUUGAGGUCUGCCAUUUCGGAUAUUGAGGUAGAACACGUAAAUGUGGAGGGACCGACAAAUAUAUCCGUACCAGGUUAUGAGAAACCUGUUGAAUUUGGUACUCUCACGAAAUUUGCUUACAAACUUAAGGAUAGCGAUGAAGAAAUAGUGGUGGCUAUGACGCGUCCCGAGACGAUGCUGGGCGACGUCGCCGUUGCGGUGCACCCCGAGGAUCAGCGACACUCCGGGUUCGUGGGCCGUUAUUUAUGGCAUCCCUUUAGGAAGGAGGCCAUACCGGUGAUAAGCGACCCCUUCGUGGACCGGGAAUUUGGCACUGGUGCAGUAAAAAUCACUCCAGCCCACGACCAGACCGACUUCGAAGUAGCAAAGCGUCACGGCUUGAAACACCUGCAGGUGAUCGAUGAAACGGGAAACCUCACAGCUGCCUGUGGCGACUUCUCCGGUCUACGAAGAUUCGACGCCAGAGACGUGGUGAUGACUCAGUUGGACAACUUGGGCUUGCUAAGGGGUCGCCAACACCACGCGAUGAUGGUACCGAUCUGCAGUCGAUCUGGGGACGUGGUGGAAUUCUUGGCGCGACCCCAAUGGUUCGUUAGGUGUCAGGAGAUGGCGACGAAGGCGGUGCAGGAUGUAAGGGAAGGGAGGCUGACGAUUGAACCUAGUCAUUUCGAGAAGACCUGGUUCAAUUGGUUGGAAAAUAUCCGGGACUGGUGCAUCUCCAGACAGCUAUGGUGGGGGCACCAGGUGCCGGCCUACUCCUGUCGCAUUCGUGGUGGAACUGAGGGGACGCUAUGGAUAGCAGCGGAAAGCCAGGAGGCUGCCCGUCGGAAGGCCGCACGGCAGAUGUCUGCUGACGAGGAUAGCAUCGAAGUUGUCAGGGAUGAGGACGUGUUGGACACGUGGUUUUCUUCCGCGUUGCAACCUUUUGCCGCGUUCGGUUGGCCUCAUCAAUCUGAGGAUCUCUCCAAAUUCUAUCCGUUAUCCCUGAUGGAAACGGGUCACGACAUCCUCUUCUUCUGGGUGGCCCGCAUGGUGAUGCUGGGCAAGGAACUUACAGGCCAACUUCCAUUCGACAGAAUCUUGCUGCACGGCAUCAUAUGUGACGCGCAAGGCAGGAAGAUGUCCAAGAGCCUUGGUAAUGUCAUCGCUCCCGAAGACGUCAUAAACGGUGCAAGUUUACAGGCUCUCGAGGAGGGAUCAAAGGCAAGUUAUGCGGCGGGAGUUCUCUCGGAAGACGAGCUGAGCCGCGCCGUCCUAGGCCAGAAAAAGAUGUUCCCACAGGGCAUUCCAGAGUGCGGAUCUGAUGCGCUGAGGUUCACGCUCAUGUCGCACAACGUUAAGAACCAUUUCAUAAACUUCGACGUUAACGAGUGUUACACAAACAAGACCUUCUGCAACAAAAUUUGGCAAGCCACGAAAUUCGUAAAAUUGUGGUUUUCGAACGUAUCCAAGGGACAGGAUCUGAGGGAAGCCGAAAUAGAUGUACGGUGCUUGACGUUGAUGGACAAAUGGGCCUUGAGUAGGUUGUCUUUCAUGGUAGAUACAGUUAAUGAUGGAUUAAGGGGAUACAAUUUCCACGUUGCCACUGCUGCCCUCAAGAAUUUCCUGUAUUACGACUUCUGCGAUGUUUACUUGGAAACAACGAAACGAGGAUUGAGAAUCCCAAACAGCCCGGCGGCCGCAGGGCAUUGUUGGACACUCCUGGCCUGCCUCGACAUUGGACUGAGGGCCUUGGCACCUUUUAUGCCUACCUUGUGCCAGCAUUUGCAUUGUCAUCUGCCAUUGUUCCCCGGGAAGGAGAAAAGCGUGGAUUUUCCGAAGGAUUUGAAUUGGAGAGACGAAGGAGUUGAAAGAGACGUGAAUGAAGUGAUGGACGUUGUGGUAGCAAUUCGAAGACUGAAAAAGAUAUUUAAUGUAACUGCCAAACACAGACCGCAAGUCCAUUUGGUAAACAGCUCUCUCCAUCUCGCCAAUUUUGGGGAAAUCAUCCAAGAUCUUUCAGCAUGUCAAGCUGUGAAUGUUUCUCACCAAAUAGAAGAGGUUCCACUAAAGAACACUGUGAGAGACAGCGUGAGGGAUACUGAAAUAUAUCUGGUGGUACCAGAUGAGUUGAGGAGAGCUAUCGAGCUUGACCUACCCAAAAUGGAGAGGAAGAAGGAAAAGUUGUUGAAGGAGCUGGAGAAGAUGAACAAGAUGAUUUCCGGAGACACUUACAAGGUCAAUGCGACUCCUGAGGCUCAGCAGAUUCACUCGAAUAAGAUCACGUCCCUUGAAGAAAAGUUGUCUAGGAUUAAGUAUAUCCAGACCUUAUCCAGCCAAUGAUAAAACUUCUGUUUACCAUUGUCAUUUGACUAAAUAUAUGUAUUUAAUCCAA